UCAGUACUCAAAAAAUAUGCAAUCAAAUUAUUUUGUUUCUUAAAAUAUGUUCAUCGGUAUGUUAAUUUGUUACUGAUAUUAUUCAACUUAUGUAUUAUGAAGAUCUUAGAAAAUUUAAUUAACGAUGAGUAAAAAAAAUGGUAUUGCACAAGAUGAACUUUUUGAAAUAUUUCAGAACAAAAAAUAUUCAUAUUUGGAUUGUAUGGUACGAUCACUUGGAACUGGCUUAGGAGUAUUGACUUUAACUUUUUCAGUUGUACAUAUAGGACAACAAAUUAUCAGUAAACGAUUUACUAUUGUACGAAAAACUCAUAUUGGUGUGUCUACUCUAACAGCUAUCGCAUCAUCAUACUUGAUUACCAAAGACAAGAUACGAAGUUGCUAAGAUUAAUUUUAUUGCUUGUUCCAUGAGUAAUAAAUAUGAUCAGGCACUUUAAAUUAUUGAAUAAAAUAUUCAAUCCUAGGUUCAAAAGGAGUUAUUGUUUUAAAAAAGAUGAAGAUAUCCAUGUUCAAGAAUUUAUUAAUAGGGAGUUAAAAUUAGCUAAAACAGGGCAUCAAGUACUUGUAAUUCAGCCUUACAUCAAAUGGGGCACAAAAAAAGAUAGAUUAACUUCACCAGAGAUGAAGUUGGCAGAGAGCGAGUCAUUAAUUAAUACUUUAAGAGAUUGGAAAAUAGUUGAUUCUUUGAAAAUUGGCAUGACAUCUUAUAUCAAGCAUACAUUUUUUGGACCUGGAAAUAUUGAUAAUAUUGCUUUAAAAAUUAAACAAGAUCAAAGAAUCUCUGCAGUUUUUAUCAGCACAAAUAUAUUAAAACCAAUACAACAUAAACAUUUAGAGAAUUAUUUUAAAGUUCCAGUUUAUGAUAGAUAUUUAAUAGUAAUUCAAAUUUUCCGUGAACAUGCAGUUACUAGAGAAGCUAAGUUACAGGUAGCAUUAGCUGAAGUUCCUUAUAUAUGGUCUCGAAUACGAGGUAUACAAGAAAAUUAUACUGAAAGAUUAGGUUCAGAAGCUGGUCAAAUAGCUUUAAGUAGUAAAAUGUUAUUUGAUGAUAAAAAAGACUUAUUAAAAGAAUACGAAAAAAAACUUAAAAAGAUGAUUACUAAAUUAAAAAGUCAUCGAGAGCAUUUAAGGAACAGCAGAAAAAAUAAAAAUCUUCCAGUUAUUGCAGUAGUAGGAUAUACAAAUACUGGCAAAACAUCUUUAGUUAAAGCUCUCACUGAAGAUUUAGAAAUGUUACCUAAAGACUGUUUGUUUGCUACACUUGAUGUGACUGUACACGGAGGUAUAUUGCCAUCAAAUUUAAAAGUUCUUUACAUUGAUACUAUAGGUUUUAUAUCAGAUAUACCCACUAAACUGAUUGAACCAUUUGUAGCAACUUUGGAAGAUGCGAUGUUUGCAGACAUCAUAAUUCAUGUAACAGAUGUUUCACAUCCCAAUGUUGAUGUUCAAAAAAGUCAUGUUGAAACUACUCUAAAGAACUUAAAUGUAGAAUCCAGUUUGUUAAAUUCCAUCAUAAAUGUUGGUAACAAAAUUGAUCUUGUUGGAAAUUAUCAUAAAGAUGAAAAUUGUAAUUAUAUUUCCUGUGUUAAAGGUACUGGGAUACAAGAACUUAAAAUAAAAAUUGAAGAAGAAAUUAUUAAAGCCACCGGUAGGCAAAUAUUAAAAAUUAGAGUACGUACUGGUCAAAAAGAGUACGAAUGGUUAAGAUUACACACAGCUAUAAUGCAAGUAGAAACUGAUGGUGACUAUUCAAUUGUUAAAGUUAUAGCCACAAAAUCAGACUUGGAUGUAUUUAAGCAUCUUUUCAUAUAUAAAAAGUCAGGGAAAUAAAAACUCACUCGCGAGAUGUAUUUAAAUUGUAAUAAAUAAUGCACUUAUAAUAACACUUUUUUAUUAUUAUGAAAAUUUGUUCACAUAUAUCAAAAGAGAAUGUCAAUAACAAAAUAAAAGUUAAAAAAUCAGUCUUAAUAAUUGAUUAUCAGUCUUCUUA